GUGGAAGGCGUGGCCGUGGGAUACUAGCGGCAGCAACGCCGAGUCUGGGUGUACAGCUGGACGCGAUGGCUACGUGGGCCGAGCGGCUGGCGGGCGUGCGGGGAGUGCUGCUUGACAUCUCCGGCGUGCUGUAUGACAGUGGCACAGGCGGCGGAGCCGCCAUUGCGGGCUCCGUGGAGGCGGUGGCGAGACUGAAGAGGUCCCCGUUGAAGGUGAGAUUCUGCACCAAUGAGUCCCAGAAGUCCCGGAGAGAGCUGGUGGGGUUGCUUCAGCGGCUGGGAUUUGACAUCUCAGAAGGGGAGGUAACCGCCCCUGCACCAGCCACCUGCCAGAUCCUGAAGGAGCGAGGCCUGCGCCCACACCUGCUCAUCCAUGAUGGGGUCCGCUCAGAAUUUGAUGACAUUGACAUGGUCAACCCAAACUGUGUCGUGAUUGCGGAUGCUGGUGAAGGCUUUUCCUAUGAGAAUAUGAACAGAGCCUUCCGAGUGCUCAUGGAGCUGGAAAACCCUGUGCUCAUAUCACUGGGAAAGGGACGCUACUACAAGGAGACCUCUGGCCUUAUGCUGGAUGUUGGAGCCUAUAUGAAGGCACUCGAGUAUGCCUGUGGUGUUGAGGCUGAAGUGGUCGGGAAACCUUCCCCCGAGUUCUUCAAGUCGGCCCUACAAGCCAUAGGUGUGGAAGCUCACCAGGCCAUCAUGAUUGGCGACGACAUCGUGGGGGAUGUUGGCGGCGCCCAGCAGUGUGGGAUGAGAGCAUUGCAGGUGCGGACCGGAAAGUUCAGGCCUAGCGAUGAGCAUCAUCCGGAAGUGAAGGCUGACGGGUACGUGGACAACCUUGCGGAGGCUGUGGACCUGCUGCUGCAGCACAUGGACAAGUGACAGGCCUUCAGGGACAGUGGACAAGUGCACCACCCUGUGCCCACACUUCUUUCCACCACUGUGCUCCCCUCCCCCACGCUUCGAGGCCCCAGGCUACCCAAAGCUCUGCUGGCCCUGCCCUCUGCCCUCUGCCCACUGCUGGCAUAGGCAGGUGCAGGCAUUUCUGGGAUGCUUGUCCCUUGGCCAGAGCCAGCCCUCCCCUUCCUCAGCAUCCCUCUACUAGUUCCCUGUCAGCCUUCCUCCCUCCCCAGCCUCUGGGUGGAGGUUUGUUCCCUACCUAUAUCGCCUGCUCCCCUCCCUGGCCCAUGUCAUAUUUCCAUUAGUGACCUCCAGGAAGGUACAAGAGACCUGUCAGGCUUCCAGAAAAUGAAACCCUCAGACAUGGGCUGGAAGGUCCCCCUGAGUCCCUGAAUUCCUUCAGUCACCAUUGGUAGGUGGGCCUUUAAUUGGUACCAUCCAAUUGGAUGAGGCAUGUUGACUCCUCUUUGAACUCUCUGAUGUGAGUGAGGAGCCUGCAGAAAACUCAGGGGCCUGCCCUGCACAAUGCGGGAAGCCCAGAGCUGAGCCAGCCUGCCCACCACUCACAGCCCUCCCUGGCCCCAGUCAGAGUGACUGAUGAGCAGUCUGCCCCCUCCCGCUUCCCUCAGGAAACAAUGCCAGCCCACUGUUCUUCCUGUCCCCAUGAGUUACCCAGACAUGGGCUGGGGAGCUCUCAGGAAACUGAAGAUACCCUCCCACAGAGCAGAAAUGUCCACCUCUACAGUCUAGGCUGCGGCAUAGAGAGUACCUUGGAGUUAGGAUGGACAGACAGACUUGAAUGUGCUGGAGUUAGGAUGGACAGACAGACUUGAAUGUGCUGUGCCCAGUGCACAGCACAAACUAAUGGUUCAAUAAACGUGGCCUCAACAGUC